AUGACCAACAGCAGCUCCUUCAACGAGUUCCUCCUCCUGGCGUUGGCAGACACACAGCAGCUGCAGCUCUUGCACUUCUCGCUCUUCCUGGGCAUCUACCUGGCUGCCCUCCUGGGCAACGGCCUCAUCAUCACAGCCAUAGCCUGCGACCACCAUCUCCACACUCCCAUGUACUUCUUCCUCCUCAACCUCUCCCUCCUUGACCUUGGCUCCAUCUCUGCCACUGUCCCCAAAUCCAUGGCCAAUUCCCUGUGGAAUACCAGGGCCAUUUCCUACCUGGGAUGUGCUGCCCAGGUCUUUUUCUUCUUUUUCUUAUGUUCAGCUGAGUUUUCUCUCCUUACCGUCAUGGCCUAUGACCACUUUGUUGCCAUCUGCAGACCCCUGCACUACAGCACACUCAUGGGCAGCAGAGCUUGUGUCCAAAUGGCAGCAGCUGCCUGGGCCAGUGGUUUUCUCAAUGCUCUCCUGCACAUUGGGAACACAUUUGCCAUACCACUCUGCCAAGGCAACACAGUGGACCAGUUCUUCUGUGAGAUCCCCCAGAUCCUCAAGCUCUCCUGCUCAGACUCCUACCUUAGGGAAGUCAGACUUCUUGUGGUUAGUGUCUGUUUAGCCUUUGGGUGUUUCAUUUUCAUUGUGGUGUCCUACGUGCAGAUCUUCACUGCUGUGCUGAGGAUCCCCUCUGAGCAGGGCCGGCACAAAGCCUUUUCCAUGUGCCUCCCGCACCUGGCCGUGGUCUCCCUGUUUCUCAGCACUGGCACGUUUGCCUACCUGAAGCCCCCCUCCAUCUCCUCCCCAUCUCUGGAUCUGGUGGUGGCUGUUCUGUACUCGGUGGUGCCUCCAGCAGUGAACCCCUUCAUCUACAGCAUGAGGAACAAGGAGCUCAAGGAGCCUGAACCUCUCUUGUUUCGGCUAAUGCCCAUUGACCUUCACCCUCACAUCAUGCACAGCAGUGAAGAGGCUGGUUCCAUCUGCUUGGUGACAUCCUGCACUGUCAUGUUUGCCUACAUGAAGCCCCCUUCCAUCUUCUCCCCAGCUCUGGAUCUGGUGGUGGCUGUUCUGUACUCGGUGGUGCCUCCAGCAGUGAACCCCCUCAUCUACAGCAUGAGGAACAACGAGCUCAAGGAGGCCCUCAGCAAACUUCUUCAAGUGGUAGUAGUUCAGCAGCAAUAA